AUGUCCAGCACGCUGCGCGACAACGAAAAUGCCGCACGCCCUGCCCCUGUGAGCAGCAUUGCGCCAGAAGCAGAACCAGAUCGAGCAGGAGAAGCAACCGCACCAACGCCCACCCACCUGUCGGGCCCUGGCAACAACCCGUUGCCCACCAUCAUCUCUCCUCCUUCUCCUUCUCUUGGUCCUCCUCCCCCUCCCUCCACGUCCGAUGUGAAUGCAGCCGCAGGCACAGGCACUGGCACAGGCACUGGCGCAGGCACAGACCCAGACACAUUCAGAGACUUGAGCUCAGGGGCCGUCACUCCCAUUGCUACCCAACUGAGCCAGCCGGAACACACAGCGGCUGGCCCACCCCCUGGUGCCUAUCCAGAGACAGGCCUCCCAGAUCUCCCAGACCCCCGGUUCGACCCCCCCAGUCACCAUGGCGCCGCCCUUGAUAAGAAGUCCCGGAGCCCUGUCCUCCCGCCGAGGCAGGCCGGCCCGUCGUUGCUUUCACAGGCCCUCGCUUCUGCCCGUGGCAUCAGCCCUUCCAUCACCAACACCACCAACACACAACCCUCGACAACCUCCCCCCAUCUCCGCCCAACACCAUCACGAACGUCCACAUCCACGAUAACCGACUCCACCACCUCGACCCUACCGCCACCUGCCCUCGCCCCCGAACACGACACACCUCUCGACGACAGAACCGACAAUGUGCCUCCCAUCGACGGUGUAACAUCAGAGAGCGCUUCCUCAGCUGUCAUGAUGGCGCCUUCGUCGACGACCGGCUCCAACACCAUGGUGCUGCCGCCACCUGACACCAACACCAUGUCGACCAGUUACGAUAUCUCCGGCUUCGACGGCGUCCGGGCCAUGCUGCUCGACCACCGCGAGUUCCUCAAGGGGAACCGAGUUAGAUGCUCCUCCCUCGAGCGCGUUCACGCCACGCCGCCAACAGCUAUCGAGACACCCAAGACAACACGCGCUCAAUCUCACUCGACCUCUCCCGAAGGCUCGGCCACGCCACCCGCCACGUACCUUGAUGCCAGGCUGGAAAAGGAAGAUGUCCUGGCCGACCUGCGAUCGACGACACGAAAGACCGACCACCGCCUCCAGAAAGGCCCCGAGAAGAUAUGGUCCAUUGGUCACACGGGCGAGGCGGGCGACGGUGGAGAGGACGGCCAGGUCGAAAAGUCGGUCACCGAGGCCAUGAUGGGUGCCGAGCCCAACGGCCGCAGUCGCAAGGCCAGUUACAGUCUGCGCUUUUUCCGAGAGGGACUUCCCAAAGAGGAGAAGGGCCGUCGCAAGGAUGUGCGAGGGGCGCUUCGCGAUAAACCAUCGCCCAGUCGUGAAGAGCCACCUCCUGUGCCAUUGACGGCAGACAUUGCUGUUGAAGACUUUGCGAAGCCCCCGGUCGCAACCCUGUCACCGAGGGCAGCCUCGCACGACGAUACGUUGGCGCGCAAAUUACCGCGCGCCCGAACUUUUCCCAUCGACACACCGGACAAUCCAGUACUGAGCGAAUCGCCACCGCAAGAUUAUUUUGGUCUUAGAAAGACACAUGGACAAAUCUUUGACGAAAGUGUCGACUCGCGCACGGGGAGACCUAAAGACGCCGAUCCGACUACACCGCCCACAACGCACGACAAAAUUGACGACGACCUCGCCGAGCAGCCAUGUUUUGUGGCUGACCGCCGCGGUUCUGGCGACAGCACCGAGGUCGGAGAUAGCCACGAGGAGGGCGACGAGUCGGGUGAGGAGAAGAUAUCCUCCGCCGUGUUCGUGCCUCACAAGGCGCCGGACGAAUCGAGUGACACGGAUAAAGAUGUCGCAAAGCCCAGACAGCCAAUGGGCACGAGGACCACAUCGAGGAAAGAUUGGCUUGUGAAGGCGGAUGAACCAGAACUCGAGGUUGAUGACGAUACGUCUGGGCCGGAGAGGGUGGUCGCCAAGGAGCAGUCGACCUCGAAGCGCGUGCCAGAGCCUCAGGCACCGCUGCGUGAGGUAAACUUGGACAGGCUGGACGAGCGUGUCGUCGAAGACGUGCCAGAGGUAGUGACUCCAGCCGCCAAGACGGGAGAUGAGGAGGUCAUCAGCGAGCCCCCUAGUGAGGAACAGCCCGAGGUCGAUCAGCUAGCGCCCAAGGAGGCAAUAGAACUCAUUCCCUACAAGCACCAGGUGGGCGGGCACACCACCCUCUGGCGCUUCUCUCGUAGAGCAGUCUGCAAGCAGCUCAACAACAGGGAGAACGAGUUUUACGAAAAGGUCGAGCAGCACCAUCGUGACCUGCUGACCUUCUUGCCGCGGUACAUCGGUGUGCUCAAUGUGACCUUUCACAAGCAGCCCCGGAGGAAGUCGGUGCACAAAAGAGACGAUGCUGCAUCAGCCCUGGUGCGCCGAGCAACAGGCGAGAACGGGCUCAAGGUUGCUGGUGAUGGCACUACCGUGGAAGCCUUGAAGGACGACGCUGAAGUCAAACCCGGCCAGGAGCACCGACGAAUCGUUAGCCAAUCUCUAGCCGGCGCGUCGAUUCCCAUUCCGACAGUUACCUUUGACGACAACAGGCAUAUUCUGCCCCGGAACCUCCUCCAACCGUCGCCGCCGCCCGACCUCGUAAGAUCUCGCAGCAGCUCCGUCGCUGCACCCAACACCCCUGAGGCCGCCAAGUCGGCUUCGCCCGAGCGGCCGUCCCUUGACGACAGACAUGCCAACAGCUGGGGGGCAACGACCGUCAACAAGCGCCUGCGCAACGAGGUGUUCAAUGACGUGUUUCUCAAGCAACCGAUCCCGGUUCACAAGCAUCGACGCCCACACCAGCGUGGCAUUCCCUUGCGCAUGCACCAGAAGCUACGACCUGCAUCGUCCGACUCGGGCAUGCUGGGUCGUUACCAACAAGAGAACGGGCAGUCCAGCGAUCAACCUUCGUCGCCCCUGUCUGCCAUGACGCGAGCUCCUUCGCCACCGCCGAUGCCCGCCCAGAGUCGCAGCGAUUUGGGGCCACAGACAGAGGUUGUCGCAACGGAUGGCGAAGAGGCAGAUACGGACGAUGUGGAGGAGGUGACGGGCACAAGCGCGCCAGAGCCAGAGACGCUGGCGGACAGGAUCAUCGCCGAUAAGAAGAAGCGUCGCUACUCGGGCAGCGCCUUGCGCCGCAAGCCUAAGACAGUCACGGAGUCGAGAGGUCAUCUGAAGUACUGGGAGCCAGCAGACCAGACGGCCGGUCGAAACAACAGCGACGGCGCCAGAGAUGUACCGGAGCACCUGAAUGACCUGAGGCAAGAGAUAUCGGCGGCCAAUGGCUUCGAAAACGGACACGAACAUGCCGAGUUGGAGAGAUCUGUAGCGAACGGGGCUGCGCUUGAUGAGCCCGAGCCCGAGGUCACGGAAGAGCAAGAGCAAGAACAAGCUGUCGACGACCCCGCCAUGUCUACGUCGCCGCAAGAGUUCCGCAAGAUCCCGCGUCCGGUCAAUCCCAAAGAAGCGCAGACGCAGGGCCAGAGCGAUUCGCGGGCUGAAUUCUUCCUGCUGCUGGAAGAUCUUACGGCCGGCAUGAAGCGGCCGUGCAUCAUGGAUCUCAAGAUGGGCACGCGACAGUACGGCGUGGAGGCGACGCCCAAGAAACAAAAGUCGCAGCAGGGCAAAUGCGCACGGACGACGUCGCGGGAGCUCGGCGUGCGUGUCUGCGGGCUCCAGGUGUGGGAUGUGCGGACGCAGAGCUACGUUUUCAAGGACAAGUACUUUGGGCGCGACCUCAAGGCCGGCAGAGAGUUCCAGGACGCGCUGACUCGAUUUCUGUACGACGGACUCGACACGGCCAGCAUCCUACGGCAUAUCCCGACGAUUCUCGCCAAGUUGGACCAACUCGAGUCGAUUGUUCGGGAGCUCGACGGAUACCGGUUUUAUGCGGCGAGCCUGCUCAUGUUUUACGACGGAGACACGACAGCGCGAGACGGCAGCGGUGGAGGCGGCGAGUACGACACGGUGGUGGAUGAUUCGACGACGGACUUUGCGACGGAUACGGAGGAGACGAGCGCCCAGCGCGAGAAGCGGCGGCGCAAGAACAAGCGUGAGAUUGACUUUAAGAUUGCGGACUUUGCCAACAGCCUCACCAAGGGCGACGUCGCCGAGGGCAAGCCGUGCCCGCCGCAGCAUCCGGAACAGGCGGACUUGGGGUUCAUUCGGGGACUGCGGACGCUCCGGACGUAUUUCCUCAAGAUUCAGCGGGAGAUCCGGGCGGACAUGGGACUCGUCAGCGCCAGGGGCGUGGAUAUGGACGGUAGAUUCGAAGCGGUGGAGGACGAGGGAGAGGUCAGCGAGUGA